UGCCAUUUUCUUUUUCCUCAGCGUGUUUAACCCUCGUUGCGGACGCACGUGUUGGGCCGCGUUCCUUCGUUGAUUUGCAGUUAAUUAUUGUUAGAAUUAAAAUUUUUGUGUAAAAAUGGGGCGACCAGGCUUUUCUCCGGGAGGUCGUGGAGGUUUUGGAGGCGGUGGCGGUCGAGGUGGAGAUCGUGGAGGCGGUCGCGGUAGGGGUGGAUUUGGCAGUCGAGGAGGUUUUGGUGGCGGCGGCGGUCGUGGUGGAGACCGUGGUGGCCGCGGUGGAUUUGGGGGAGGUCGUGGUCGCGGAGGUGAUCGAGGUGGAAGAGGUCGCGGUGGUGGCCGUGGCGGACGUGGAGGCGGUGGUGGCGGCUUCAAGGGAGGCAAAAACGUCGUCAUUGAACCCCAUCGCCACGAGGGUAUUUUCAUUGCCAGAGGCAAAGAAGAUGCGCUAGUUACUCUCAAUCUGGUACCUGGAUCUGAAGUUUAUGGAGAGAAACGUAUUUCUGUUGAGGAAGCAGGCAAUAAAAUCGAAUACAGAGUCUGGAAUCCCUUCCGUAGUAAACUUGCCGCCGCUGUAUUAGGUGGAGUCGACAAGAUUCACAUGCCGCCUGGCAGCAAAGUCCUGUACCUUGGCGCCGCCUCCGGUACGACAGUUUCACACGUCUCAGAUGUUGUCGGCCCCGAGGGUCUGGUUUACGCCGUUGAAUUCUCGCAUCGUUCCGGACGCGACUUGAUCAACGUCGCUAAGAAGCGUACAAACAUCAUCCCCAUCAUCGAGGACGCGCGUCACCCUCACAAAUACCGUAUGCUCAUCGGUAUGGUGGACACAGUCUUCGCCGACGUUGCCCAGCCCGACCAGGCGCGUAUUGUCGCGCUUAAUUCACAUUAUUUCCUCAAAAACGGCGGCCAUUUUGUUAUCUCAAUCAAAGCCUCAUGCAUUGAUUCCACAGCGACGCCCGAAAGCGUCUUCGCCGCCGAGGUGAAGAAACUGCAAGCAGAUAAAUUAAAGCCACAGGAGCAGAUCACGCUGGAACCUUACGAGAGGGAUCACGCGGUGGUUGUCGGUGUAUAUCGACCACCCCCUAAAGAGUAAUACAUACGUUGAAUUAAAGAGUUAAUUCCACUAUUAGUUUGUAAGUUAACAAUAUCGAUACAUUGCGAAAAUGUAUCGCAGCACGACGUUAAGAAUGUGUAUUUUUUAUUAUUAAUGAUGAAUGAUAAAUUUAUCAAGUUUAUAAGAAUUGAAAUGAUGAAUUUAUCGUGCUGGAAGCGAAAUGAUAACUUUAUCAUUGCAUAUGCAACAAGAAAUAAAUGACAAAUUUAUCAAUUUUCAAACAAAA